AUGGCUGAAUCACUCCUUUUCAGCAUUGCACAGGGUGUGCUAGGGAAGAUAGCAUCACCAGCGUUCAAAAAAGCCGUCACAAUUUGCUGCUUCGAAAAUCAGAUCCACGAGCUUGAAAAGACGUUGACUACUGUUACUGCCGUGUUGUUAGAUGCUGAGGAGAAACAGGCGAAGGACCAUCGCCUGCAACAGUGGCUGCGACGGCUUCAAGACGUGUUAUACGAUGCAGAGGAUAUUCUCGAUGAACUCGAGUGUGAAGCCUUACGAAAGCGGGUAAUCAAUCAGUACGGGGGUGUCAGACAGAAGGAAAGCAAGAUAAAGAAAAGGCAGAAGGCAUGCUUGGGUUAA